AUGAAUGGAUAUCUCAUCCCUUCUUGGUACAAACAAGAAGCAACACCUCAGUCAUCUUUGACUCUGGUCACGUUCCUGUUUGGUUUCAGUUCGGCAUGCGCCGUUUUCACGGCCACCACAAUCGUUGCCCAAGCAUACCGGAUCUUGUAUCGCUCAAAGCGACUCUUUACGCACCCCUAUGUCGUGAUGAUAACGGCGGUGUGGCUGUCCAGCGUCAUCUAUUCUCUCAUUUCGUACCUCUUCGUUCAGGACAAGAUCCCCCCAAGUUUCUGGCUUUUCUUCGCCAUCCGUGAGUUCAUUAGACACAUCAAACGAUAUGGUACUCAAUGCCUCAUGCAUAUCAUUAUCAACCGCAUAGCGCUCAUAAUAUACGAUGGGCGUAGAGUGGUCCGCCUGAAAUGGGCUGUCGCCUUGAUUCUCGGACUGGUUAAUAUUAGCGUAUUCAUCGUGUGGAUGCCUGCACGCCUGCAGAUCAGCCCAGCUUGGAUCCAUUUCAACGAGAUAUGGGAUCGGGUUGAGAAAGGCAUAUUUGCGCUGAUAGACCUCGGCCUCAACCUAUAUUUUAUUUACCUGGUUCGAUCAGAGCUUGUCGCUCACGGGUUGACCAAGUACACAGCGCUGUACAAAUUCAACUUGGUGAUGAUUGUCUUUUCGCUAUCAUUAGAUGUUAUACUUAUUGGUAUCAUGUCUCUUCCCGACAGUUUUGUUAUAUACAGUUACAUCCAAUUCCAUCCAAUUAUUUACACUUUGAAAUUGGCGAUUGAGAUGAAUAUGGCCGAACUGAUCAUCAAAAUUGUCAAGAGCACAUCUGCGCUUCACGAAAAUCAUUACGCACCAUCGCUCUCAGCACCACCUCGCCCAACCCCCGAAAGCCCUUCCGAAGUUACCGCAGUGGCAAAUAGCAGCGAUCAAUCUGCAGACCAGAGUCCCAUUUCAGAGCCGGCAUCUGGUGAGAUCUUCCGUGUAAGACCAAUGCCGUCAUCGUUCGACGCCGGUGACGUGGUAAACCAAAAGGCAAGCGUAGCCGGUGGAUCAGUACUUGGACAGCUGCUGGAGCCGAGUCGGGGUAAUAGACCGAGGCUGAUGAGGAAUGCCAGCGAGAUGACCACCUUGGAAAUGACAGUCGGAUACUUGAAUAGGGCGAGCGUCAUAUCUGCAGAGAAAUCAGCAUGCUAG